CAAAGGGACAAAAUCGUGCAACCAUAAUGGUAACAAAACAAAAUUCGGUCAACUCCGGUAGCAUGCCAGGGGAUGCCGCUGAUCGGGCUAUCCCAGGCCCGAUCCGGGGCUGUGAUUCUGGGGAUUGGCCGUUUGCAAUCACUGUCGGUUCGGUCUGGGUGCGCAGGUCCAAGGUCCGGAUAUAACUCUGGUCCGGUCACGAUUUUGCGCAUAACAAACAUCUUCGACGCCGAAGUUUCAUCAUGGGGUCUAUUUUUCUCCAAAUUCUCAAGCUAUGCAUGCCACAGUACUCGAGACGGGGGGAUCAGGAGGGGGAUCAGGAGGGGCAGCAUCAAAGUCCGGGACCGCAACACCAACAGCACCAACCGCUUCAAUACCCUCAGCCUCAACAUCAAACGUCACCCCACCCACAUAAAUAUCAGCACCGAAUAGAUGCAAAUCAGCAAAAUCAAAGCAAUCCUCACUAUCUCGAGUUGCGAAGUCGAGCCCGGGCCGAAGGUGAUAAAAUGGCUCAUUGCUUCGACCAGAGCCAUCGAGCAUACGAAGAAGGUGAUCAUGUCCGAGCGAAGGAGCUCUCGAAUGAGGGCGAAUCUCAUAAGACUCAAAUGGUGCGCCUCAAUAAGGAAGCUGAGGAUUGGAUAUUUUAUCAAAACAACACGGAUAGCGCGCCGGACGAAAUCGACCUUCAUGGUUUGUAUGUCCAUGAGGCUGUAGAACGGACCGAGCAGGCCAUUCAGAGAGCUCGAACGGAGGGGAAGGAUCAUCUGAAUAUCAUCGUUGGGAAGGGCCUUCAUUCCGAAGGACACGUUGCGAAAGUCAAGCCUGCUAUCGAGGAACUCAUGCGGAAACACCAUCUUUCUGCUCACCUAGACCCGCAUAAUUCUGGGGUCCUCAUCGUCUCUUUGGAUGGUAGCCAACGAAGAGAUCGAAGCAUCAGCGUUGGUGAUAUCACGGAUAGGCUGGAACGAGAAGAUUUAGAUUGUGUUAUCAUGUAAGACGUGCAGCUCCAUGAACUCGGGAUAAGUUUGUGCGCGUAGAAACCAGAAUUGGGGCGCACAAAUGGGUAACAGUUAUUAUUGUUAAAUACUCAAACGAUGGUUCAGAAGGGUCCUACAACAGGCGUUCGAUGCACAGAAGGCGCAGAAGAUGGCGAGACUAGACGAGGGCCUCCAUAUUCAGGACGUGCCAUCACGACCGGGAAGUUACUCCAACCGCUGCCUCUUCUUCCUCAUCAUCAUCCCUUGGGUCCUCAAUUCCAUCUGCGCCUGGAACGUCCCCAGCUUCGGCAGUAGUGCUCAUUGUCUCUUGGGCGGCCUGUUGUUGUUCGCUCAACUCCCCUUGGACUCCGUCUGCUACUGUAUUCGGGAAUUCCUGCGCUAAGGGGUUGGUGGUGUAUUGUUGAAGUGC